UGCUUGAAAUAAAAAAAACACAAAUGUUAUUGUGUUGCUAUGGUUACGGCGUCAAUAAUGAAAAAAAGGACGAUACAAAGUAGCAUCCAACCAAUUAGGUUUGGAAAUGACAAUUGCGCAGUCCCCUAAUUUUCUUACGGGCCAAUUGCGCCCAUUCUCCAAUUUUACCGCCAAAAUCGAAUCGAAAGCGCGCGACAAAAUUUUUGAAGAGAAAUUGGUACAAUAUGGCAUCAUCUAUUCUCGAUCCAUUAACUUGUGGUUUUAUAAAAAUUGGAGUAUAUCAAAUUUUGACGCAGAGGCAUGGUCUCAAGAAGUGCGAUGGUGAAACAAAAAAGGUUUUUACGGGACGGGUGUUGAAACAUCAAUUUAACAAGUUACUUGAAGUUCAUUCUGAUUUAAGAAGUAUAAAUUAUGAUACAUUUAGAAGGUGCUUCCCUAAAAUUAUUGACAACAUCCGUGCAUUAGCAAAGACAGACCACCAAUCAAAAAAUAAACUCGUUGAAUGUUUCGGGAAUGAAAAAUGGAAGAGAUUGUCGACAGACAAGAAGAUAAUACACCAGUUUGGAAAUUGUCCUGGAUGCCAAAACAAUGCGAUAUGGAAAGAGAACUUGGGUUUGUUUCCCGUACGCAAACUUAGCUUGAAAAAAAAAGCUGACAUAGCAGGAUUGUACAAAGAAAGAAAUUUGAAGGUACGUUAAUUAAAAAUACCAGAUGACCUCCUGUAUUCCACUGAUCUUUAAUAACAAACUCGUUCCCAGC